AUGGACGCCAUCUUCGCGCUCCCGCCGGGGGCCCGGGCGCGGGCCAUGGGGCGCGCGGCGGCGCGCGUCCCGGGCAGCAUCUACCUCUGCCUCUGGGCGCCGGCGGCGGUCGCCGGCCUCCAGCCCGAGUGAGCGAGCGCUGCCCUUCUCUGCUGUCCCUGUCGCCAUUUGUUCUGCUUGGACGCGUGGAUCGGCGGCGGCGGCGGCGAUCGCGCGCUGGAGAUGUUCGAGGCGUACCGGGGCGCGAUCUGCGCCACCGUGAGCGGGUGCGUGCCGGGGUGGGCGUACAAGGAGGGCGCCGCGUGCAUGGAGCUGCCGGAGCCCGACCUGACGGCGUCGGCGUUGCUGCAGGUGCAGCAGCAGUUCUACCGGGAAACGGGCACGGAGAUGGCGGUGUUCAUGGGAUGCGAGAGCGGGGAGAUCGAGGUCGGCCUGUCGACCGCAUCGGCGGCGUCCGCUGCGGCGGUGGCGAAUGAGGUGCGGCAGUCGAUCCUGGAGGAGCUCCUCCAGAUGCCGCCGCCGUCCUCCUCGUCCUCCUCGCUGCUGUCGCUGUCCGUCGGGAGCCCGGAGUACUCCUCGUUCGUUCGCUCGAUGUCGACGUCGGUCACCGCGGCCGCCGCAGCCGCCGCCGUGGAGCCGUCGACGCGAACGCGAGCACUACCACAGCAACCGUCGCCGCUUCCGUCUCCAAUGCACGGCGACCUACUCGCGCCUGUCUACGGCGAGUUCCCCGUCUCCGAAGACGACGCGACGAUGGCGCAGGCAAUGCUCGCGGUCAUCUCCACCUCGCCCGCCCCGCCGCCUCCUCCGUUGCAUCCUCCCGUCCGGCGCAGCGUGCGUCCCGCAUCGCCACCGCGCCGGGCAACGGCGUUCAAGGCUUACAACGCCGCGCUCUCGCCGCGGGCACGGCUGCGGCCGCCGGGCGCGCCGGGCCAGAGGAUGAUAAAGACGGGCAUCUCGCUCCUGGCCAGCGUGUACACGGCAACGCGCAACCAGGAGCUCGCGGCGGCGCGCCAGCGAGACACGCGCGCCGCUUUAGCGCCGCCCCCUCCGCCGCCCAGCAGCAGCCAGCUGCACCACAUGAUCUCGGAGCGUCGCCGGCGAGAGCGGAUCAACGACAGCUUCCAGACGCUCAGAGCAUUGCUCCCACCCGGAUCAAAGAGAGACAAGGCGGCGGUUCUCGCCAACACGACGGAGUACAUGGACAAGCUGAUAUCGCAGGUGUCGGAGCUCGAGGAGAAGAACCGGCAGCUGGAGGCGCAGCUCGCCAUGCAUGCCAUUGCCGGCGAGCCCCAGCAGACCGCAGCCUUCGGCGGUGGCAGCGGCGAGGAGUCGUCGGAGAGGGUACGCGUCGACGUGGCCAUCGUCGGAUCAUCGGCGUCGGCGUCGCAUCGGUCCCGGGAGGUGAGCAUCAGGGUGGCGGUGCGCGCCGAGUGCGACGUGUCGAAGCUCGUCGUCGCCGUGCUCUCGCGGCUGAGAGGGAUGGGCCGCUUCGGCGUGGUGUCCGUCGACGCGAGGCAAAGGGACAGCUCGCUUGCACAGGCCAGUCUCACACUGCGUGUCACGGCCGGCGACGUCUGCGACGAGACAUCGCUGAAGGAAGCCGUGACGGAGGCCGUCGACGGCGCGGUGCCGGUGGCGCCGCCGCCGCCGGCGGCAUCGCCGUAGGCGGCGGCGGGAGCAGGGCACGCCAGUUUUGACCGGAUCAGGGAGGAGGAGGUGAGGCUAACUGGAGAGGGCAAGAGAUGGCGAUGUUUGGUGCCAAUGGUAGUUUUCAGUUUUCACUUCAGUCAUUUUUUUUAGUGUCUUGUUGCUUCUUUUAGGUGAUUAAUUAAUUUAGUAUUUCUUAGCACUUUGCUUUCGUAGUGUGAGCUGAGAGUUCGGAGUAUUUGUUAGGAAUUUAGGAGUACCUAGUUAUAUUCAGUCUGUGUAAUGCAAAAUUUUGUGACUCUCAUGGCUUAAUGAUUAAUUGUUGCUUACAGA